ACCCUUCUACGUCGGUCGUCGCAGUAAAAGCCUCUCAGCCGCCAUUCAUCAUAUUUCUGUCCAAACUGUCUUCGUAUCGCACUCUUUUUCGACGCCCGCGAGUCGGUACAGACAUGCCCAUCCUUCCUUUAACCUCUCCAUCGUAUCCUAAUCACAAUUUAUCUGGCACUCCCAUGUCUGUCUCAAAUCGCGUGCCAUUAAUGUUUCGACGGUUGCACAGGUUCCAGCAAAUGGACUUUGAACUUGCCUUUUGGCAGCUGUCUUAUCUCUGUUUGGCACCCAAGAGAGUUUAUCGAAACGUGUACUACCACAAGCAAACCAAGAACACCUGGGCAAGAGAUGAUCCAGCAAUCUUGAUCCUGCUAUUUGCAAGCCUCUUCGUGGCUGCAAUAGCAUGGUCUAUUGUGUAUUCGUAUUCCCCUCUGCAGGCGGCGCGGUUGGCCUUUGUGAUGAUACUGCGAGAUUACCUCCUUGUCGGUGUACUGAGUGCGACUUUUCUUUGGUUUUUCGCCAACCGGGUGUUGGUAUCACCUUCCUCUCAUUCAUCACCUACAGACUCUUCAGUCGAAUGGGCAUAUGCGUUCGACGUACACACAAACGCAUUUUUCCCAUUGUACCUAACGCUUUAUCUAGCGCAACUCUUCCUUCUUCCUGUAGUGUUAAAGGACAAUUGGGUGUGCCUCCUCAUUGGCAACACCUUAUAUCUGGCAGGGUUUGCCCAGUAUAUCUACGGAGUGUACCUCGGACUAAGUGCUCUGCCAUUCCUGAUACGCUCCGAAAUAUUGCUUGCCCCACUGUUACCGCUAUUUGCGAGCUAUGUUGUUUCGUUAUUGGGUUUCCACGUUGGAAAACAUGUUCUGAGCGUAUACUUCGGUCCAUAAUACACUGCAUUGUACAGGAGAUGGACGAUAUGCACCCAUUGAUUACUCCAGUUAUUUAGGACCGCAGUAGUGUGCCGUAGCUUGAUCGCAAUAAUAAUAGACACUUUGUGUUAAAA